UGAUGCAACGCGACGUACAGUCCGGCUGCUGUCUCCUGGCAAGAUGGCGGCCCCCAGGAGUUUCGCUCUAUGGGGCUACUGCGACCGUGGGUGGUCGCGGGUGUUGCGUGGCUGCCGGCUCCCGGGGUUUCGUAGCUGCUGGCCCGGGUGCCCGCUAGGUGCGCGGCUCUUGUCCCAAGAUACGCGGGCAACGGAAACGCACUUCGGGUUUGAGACUGUGUCGGAGGAAGAGAAGGGGGGCAAAGUCUAUCAGGUGUUUGAAAGUGUGGCUAAGAAGUAUGAUGUGAUGAAUGAUAUGAUGAGUCUUGGUAUCCAUCGUGUUUGGAAGGAUUUGCUGCUCUGGAAAAUGCGCCCGUUUCCUGGGACCCAGCUUCUCGAUGUUGCAGGAGGCACAGGUGACAUUGCAUUCCGGUUCCUUAAUUAUGUUCAGGCACAGUAUCGGGGAAAGCAGAAGAGGCAGUUAAGGGCCCAGCAAAAUUUAUCCUGGGAAGAGAUUGCCCGAAAGUACCAGGAUGAAGAGGAUUCCUUGGGUGGUUCCCACGUCAUGGUCUGUGACAUCAACAAGGAGAUGCUAAAGAUUGGGAAGCAGAAAGCCUCUGCUCAAGGACACAAGGCUGGACUUGCUUGGGUGUUGGGAGAUGCUGAAGAACUGCCCUUUGAUGAUGACAAGUUUGAUGUUUACACCAUUGCCUUUGGGAUCCGGAAUGUCACACACAUUGAUCGGGCUCUCCAGGAAGCCCAUCGGGUCCUGAAACCAGGAGGACGGUUUCUCUGUCUGGAGUUUAGCCAAGUGAACAAUCCCAUCGUAUCCAGCUUCCAGGUCAUUCCUGUCCUGGGAGAAGUCAUCGCAGGAGACUGGAAGUCCUACCAAUACCUCGUAGAGAGUAUCCGACGGUUCCCAUGUCAGGAGGAGUUCAAGGAAAUGAUAGAAGAUGCAGGUUUUCAGAAGGUGACUUAUGAAAGUCUAACAUCAGGCAUCGUGGCCAUUCAUUCUGGCUUCAAACUAUAGCUGCUUUACCAUCCUGGAGUGUGAACCAGUCACAUCCUGUCAAAAGCCUGCAACUGAAGGAUAAUCUGGCUAGUGAGACCAGCAACAGAACAUCUCCUCUUAAGGAUAUGUGCCUUGGACUAAUGUUCUGAUGUGACCAACCUCAACAUGGAAGAAACAGAUCUGUCACUUUAUUGCAGCUUUCAUUAGGAGCUGCUUCAGGCCUUCUCCCCGAGGUAUUGUGUAUUUUUUGCUUGAUUCCUGCUAAUUUUUCUCAGCUGUGCAGUGUGGUUAAGGUAAAACCAGCACUAACUCAGUUUUGAAGUGUGUGUAGUCUCUCUGCUGGUGCUGUCUUCCAGAGAGAGAUGAGUCAUUUGAACCUAAUGAUUUGAACCAGAUUACUUGAGUCACCUUUCAGCCUAGGGCUGGUGGAGGGCCAAAGGCCAAGGCCCAAGUCAGAGGGCUAAUGAUCAUGGCUAGAAUCAUGUACUGAACCACUACAUGAGUUUACAAUUUGUACAGUAUUUGUGAUUUUUUUUCUUCAAGGGGUAAGGGACAUACAUGUGUCAUCAUUUAUUCAGUGCUCUUCUACCAAAAGCCACUAUUGUGUCUUCAGUGCCUGUCAUGAAGAAAACCAAUCCUCAUUGAAAGAAUAAAUGUACCACCAAGCUCCUGCUUUUGUGACUUAGAGAGCUUCGUCAGAAUACAUUUGAAGAAAAGGUUUUAUAGAAGAAAAAAAAAGAAGUUUGAUAAUUAUUUAUCUAGCCUAACCCCCUCCAGUACUGAGGGGCAGAGCUGAGCAGAGCUCUUGUAUCCUUAAUGGUCACUGAUGUUAAAAUGAGGCCGUAUUUUGAGUGUGGAUAAAGCUUAAGAUUUUUGUGGGCCUUUGCUAAGAAAUUGCAGAAAUCAACCUGUGAGUUGCCUGGCAGUUUGUUAAUUGCAGAUAACUUAGUUCAGGGUUAUUUGAAAAGGCUUCAGAUAGGCUACCUCUUGGCCCAGCACAGUAGGGGUCAUUUAUGUACCUUCACUCAUUAGAUCUUACCGUCACUGAAAAGCUUCCAGACACAGCUAUCUAAUAUGCAAGUAUCUCAAUGAACAGCAACUGAGAGCAUUUAAUAAAAUGCUAAACCUUAGAAAAGUUUUAGCUUACAUUUUUUCAACCAGCCUAUUGGCCUUUGAAACUAACAAGGAGCAGGCACUGGAAGAAACUUCAUAAACCAUCAACCCAGUCCUAUCUCCACAGCAACGUAGUUUUCUCACAUUCAAAUAAAAAUAAAAAAUAAAAAGUUAAAACCUGCCAUUUCCUGGCAGUAGAUAUAGAUGGACCUAAUCAAACCAGAAGCCCUAGUGUCCAGCCACUUGUGGACUUAAAUUAUCUCUAGCGUUUGUUGCUGGAGACUAUUUGGAAGUAGGGCUAACUGAACAAGAUUGAUACAGCUUUGAAGGCCAAAUGCUUUUGGCUUCAAAUAGAAGUAUAGCCAGGUCACUAAAGCGGGGAGAUAGAAAAAAUAUAAACUUGGGGAACAUUUUCAAUCUUGUUUAUAUAAAUACAAACCUAAAUCACCCCAGUUGCAGUCUCCUUUUCCACAGUAUCUCCUUAUCCCUUCCGGCAGAAAGCAUGAAAAAAAUAAUUCUCCUAUUCUGCCACAAUAAACAGGAAAACAAUUCUUUGCCCCUCUCUACCCUGAAACUUUCCAUCUUAACAUAGCUCAAAUUCAGUAGGACUCCUAAAACCCUAAGUUCUGGUAAAGAAAAAUCAAUUUCCAAAAAAUGUUACAGGUCUAACUCUGCUCUUAAGAUGGAGUCAUCACCUAUCAAUUUGAAUGUCACCCCCCCCCCCUUCUGUAUAGCAAUAGCCUGGCUGUUCAGAAAUCCUAAUUGUACCUCAGGUCUAAGAUGAAAACUAAAGCCUUGCCUCAUGUGAACAAUGAGCAGAGUUAACUAGAAAGCCAGGACAACUUCCCAAGAUGGUAUGAGUUGUUUGAGCCUCUGGAGUAUUUUUCUACAAAAGCCAAGUUUGUCAUAUUUGCUUUUCUUAAAAGACGUAAGUCUUCCUAAAAGUGAUAGCAGGAAACCUUUAAUGAAGGUUACUGAUCCAGCUUUAAUUGGGUCUUUUAAUAAAAGCUUCAAUUCA